AUGGCAGCUGCCCCACCUCCUGUGGAGAGACUAUUAGGUGAUUACGGGGGAGCUAAUGCCCCGCUUGGAAGGAUGACAAUAGUGAAUCAACCAGUCAAUGUUGCCCACUUUCAACUUCACCCCUCAACGAUACGGCAACUUGAAAGGAGACCUUUCUCAGGAAAAAUUAACGAAGAUGCCAACAAACAUUUGCAGAGGUUUCUUACGAUGACUACGUCGUUAAAGAUUGAGGGGCAUUCUGAGGAAGCUAAGAAGCUGGUCAUGUUUCCGUUUACAUUGUCAGAAGAUGCUGAAGAGUGGUUCUACUCUUUACCUGCUGGAAGCAUCACAACUUGGCAACAGAUGGAGACAACGUUUCUCAACGAGUACUUUCCGGCUUCUGUAUACAUCCGAAAGAGGUACGACAUAGUGAAUUUUAAACAGAAAGAAGGAGAGUCACUUGGAGAUGCGUAUAAGAGGUUCAAACGAUUGUUGAAUUUUGUAAAUGGUCUUCGGCUGAAGACUAAGCAACUCAUUGACACAGCAGCUGGUGGCUCAACCAAUUUUACAACAGCCACUGGUAUUAAAAAGAUUAUCGAAGCCAUUGCAGCCAAUGAGCACCUGGAGUUGUAUGACCGCAGUGUUAGUCAAUCCGAAGGGAUAAUUAAUUUGAAAUUGGCAAACCAAGUGGUGAAGAUGGAAGAUCAAAUAGCAGCUGAAGUAGAAAGGAGACUGAAGAAGAUGGCUAUUGAUACCCAAACUGUUGCACAGGUUCAACAGGUUCAACCAACUCACACUAGUAAUUGCGAAAUUUGUGGAGGACCUCAUCUUACCGUACAUUGCGUUGCUACCGCACAACAAAUUGAGGAGAUCAAGUUUCUUAGGCAGAACAACCCUUAUUCAAACACAUACAAUCCGGGUUGGAAAAACCAUCCUAAUUUCUCAUGGAAGGAUCAACAAGGAAAUGUGCAGAACCAACCACAGCAACAACAACCGUAUCAACAACAUCAACAACAGUUUCAGCAACAGGUACCAAGAAAAGCUGAUUGGGAGCUUGCCAUUGAGAAGAUGGCCGCUCAAAGCUCUCAAUUUCAAGAAGAGACUCGGAGUAAUUUAAAGAACACAAGUGCUUCAAUUAAGAAUCUUGAAAUCCAGAUGAGUCAGAUAGCCCAACAACUAGCGGGCUCUCCACAACAGGGAGUUUUACCAAGUUCUACGGUUACUAAUCCAAGAGAAAAUAAUCAUGUGAAUGCGGUGACCACAAGGAAUGGUAAGUCAAAAGAAAUACCUGAGAAGAGUUCUGAAGAAGAAGACUUAUUGCUUGAAGUUGAUCUAGAGAUAAAAGAAAAUGAGGUUGCAAAUGAAGAGGUCACUCAUGAUGAACGAGUGGUUAAAGAUAAAGUGAUUGAUCCAAAACCGGCCGUCAAACUGCCAUUCCCAACAAGAAAUAAGAAGAAAGGGCAGCAUGAGAAAAACUUUGAGAAGUUCUUGGAAAUGUUUAAAAAGCUUGAGCUAAACAUUCCUUUCUUGGAGGCGCUUGAGCAAAUGCCUACCUACGCAAAGUUCAUGAAAGACAUCAUCUCGAAGAAGCGGACCAUAGAGACUAACCCGAUUAUUCUAACGGAAACUUGUAAUGCCAUUUUGCAGGGUAUGAAGGUUCCGGUGAAAAAAAAGAUCGAGGUUCUCUGA